CAUAGCCAUCUUCAUCCUGUUGAUGGCUCUCCUCUUUUUAUACCUCAACAACAAGCUGUCUUUAGAGACGCGGGGGAGCCUGUCCUGCCUGGACGAGUACAGGAAAAACAAGGAUCUGCAAGAAGUGUUUCAGCGACACAAAGAUAUUCACAGCAAAAGAACAAGGAGGAAGAUCAAACAGGAUCUUUGAGACUUUGAAUCAAGUCCCUUAAAGCCCAAACUGUUUACCAUCAUCACCAGGGCAGAUAUUUGUCAAUAAAGCAGAAAAGCAGAGGAUUAGCAGCUGACGUUCAGCACCUUGCUCCUGUGAUGCUCAUAUGCUACUACCCAGCUGUGUGCUUCCUCCCGCCUCCCUAGUCAUUGUCUUGUACAGAAUUCUCUGUUAAAAGCCAGUAAAAACAUAGCAACCAGGGCUGAGAAGAGCUUGAAAACUUGCAUCCACCCCCAGAAGCACAGCCAUCAUACCCCUAUAACUACAACUUAUGGAGAAUAUCACUGCAUAAUUAGAUCACAUUUUGGGUUGGGCACUAAUUUCUCGGGCUGCAUCUCUCUCCAGUCUCGUUAGUAAUACGUUAGUGAUAGUGAUAUUGCGCGUGAGCCUGCAACUGUCCUGACAGCCCUGACAGCAGAGCCACCCAUGCUGAGGCCUGGCCCGCUGAAGAAUUAGCACUCAGAAAAGCAGCAGGACGGCCUGGAGGGCUUCAAGAGGCCGGCAUGGCAUUCUUCAAGAGUUUCCAGCAGAGUAUGUCAUCCGUCUCCUCGAUCCUGGAUUCAGUUACCAAUGUUGUGGACGACCUUGCCUUUGCUGUGGGCGAUGUCACCUACACGGUUAGUGAUCAGCUGGCCGGACAGGUCUCUACCAUCAUCCAGCGGGUCCAGGCAGAGGAGCUGGAGAGACAGUGCAAGAUGGAGGCCAACGAGAAGACCACACACGACCUGGAGCUGGCCCAGGCAAGGGACUCGGAUGCAACCAAACAUAAUGGCCAGUGCCAGAAACCUGGGAUCGAAAGCACAGAGGUGUGUACAGGGGCUCAGAAGGGGCUGCAAAAUGGUACCCAAGGAGAAGGGAGGAGUGAUACGUGUUUCAGGGAGAACAGGUCAAACUCCACUCCCACCAUCAAGAAUACAGAAAGAAACCGUAGAGGGCCCAUCUCAGAGGGUUCACCCAGCACGGGGGAGACUAGGGACACCACGGACGGUCAAAUCAAGGACUUGGCUCACCAGUCAAACACUUAUAGAGCUGACAAAGUCCACAGUGGUAGGAGGUCAAAGAGACAUAGCCGGUCGUCUAUACAGCGAAGGGGCGAUGGCGCCAGGAAUGAAAGGAACGGCUCAAGAGAGGGUCAAGAUAAGAGCUAUCCCGAUGUGGAUCCUCGGGGCUCAUCCUCAGAGAGCGAGGAUGAGAUCAUGGGGAAGUACCAGGAGGCCGUGUCGCGCUCACAGGGCAUGAGGGCAGCAGACACUCGCAACCCAAAGGGCUAUGGCUGGGAGACCAGGCAGAAAUACAGCCCCCUUUCGGCAGAGUACGAUGGGUACAGCAGUGAAGCCUCCACCGAAGAGGUGAACUACAUUCAGAGAAUGAGGCGCACACCCCCUCUGGACGAGCUGCAACCCCCACCCUACCAGGACGAGGAUGGCUCCCCACGCAUGUCCUGCACGCCUUCCGACGCCGGCGAUGCCAAAUGCGGCCUGUCCCACUGCAGCGACAGCCCGCGCCACUCGUACGGCAAGUGCCCGAGUGAAACCAGCGGCGGCCACGAGACCGAGAGCUACCUCAACAAGGGCUACGAGGAGGACGUGCCCAGCGACAGCACCGCCGUGCUCAGCCCCGAGGAAAUGUCAGCUCGGGGCUCAGCGGCACAGCUGCCCAAGGGGUACGAGCCUGAGCCCUUGGCCAAAUACGGCACUCUGGACGUGGUGUUCGACUACGACUCGGAGGAACGCCGGCUCAUGGUGACAGUGACCGCCGUGACGGAUCUCCCGGCCCUGAAACGCACGGGCAACAUCUCCUGGCAGGUCCACCUGCUGCUGCUUCCCACCAAGAAGCAGCGUGCUAAGACAGGAGUACAGAAGGGGCCCUGCCCGGUCUUCACCGAGACCUUCAAGUUCAACCACAUCGAGUCGGAGAUGAUCGGCAACUACUCCAUUCGGUUCCGCCUCUACAGCGUGAAGCGGAUGAAGAAGGAGAAGUUGCUGGGGGAGAAGGUGUUCUACCUCACCAAGCUCAACCUGCAGGGCAAGAUGCACAUUCCCGUCAUCCUGGAGCCCUGCUGCACCCUUCCACAGGGCUGCGAGUCCCAGGUCAGCAUUUCGGAGAUGUCCUGCAGCGAGAGCACAUCGUCCUUCCAGUCAUCAGGCCAGGGCUCCAGCCCGGAGAUACUGGUGGGCCUCGUUUACAACGCCACCACGGGUCGGCUCUCAGUGGAGGUCAUCAAGGGCAGCCACUUCAAGAACCUGGCAGCCAAUAAGCCACCCAAUGGCCUAUUCUGUUGUCUGAAACACCUGAUAGGUGGACAGGUUUAUAUAAUCAGAGACACGUACGUUAAGCUGACACUGUUGAACUCCAUGGGCCAGGAGAUGUCCAAGUGCAAGACGUCGAUCUGCCGGGGGCAACCCAACCCCACCUACAAGGAGACGUUCGUCUUCCAGGUGGCACUCUUUCAGCUGUCGGACGUGACGCUCAUCCUCUCGGUGUACAACAAGCGCAGCAUGAAGCGCAAGGAGAUGAUCGGCUGGAUCUCCCUGGGCCUCAACAGCUCAGGGGAAGAGGAGCUGACUCACUGGACUCAGAUGAAGGAGUCAAAGGGACAGCAGGUGUGCCGCUGGCACAGCCUGCUAGAGUCCUAGGGGGGCGAGUGAAGGACCAGAGUCAGUGGGGAAGGAGGGAGAGAAGGAAGGGGGAGCAUGAUGAUCAAAAUACCCCAUGAUUUCAACCUGGGGGUAUAAUGAGAAGGUUGAUAAAGUUUUAACCGAACCUAAAACAUCAGGCCAGGUUAGGUCGGACCAAGGCUGUUUGACAAACAUCUUCCGUCUGUGGUUGAAGCUAAAGUUGCCAGUUUGAUCUUUGAGGAGGGUGAUGCUAGCAAGCACGGGGGUGGAGACUGUGCUUUCAGUCUGUGGAGCUAAAUCCUUUUACCCCUUAAUCUUUGAAGCAUCAGUAAAUUCCUUGGCAAGGUGCAGGAUUAGAAUUAUGGACUAUCAGACUGAGGCUGGUUUGCGGGGGUCAUUCUCGGCCACCAUGGACAGUAUUUUCCCCACUUCAGGUCUGCUGGACAGAGUCAAUAUAAAUGAAAGAGGCUCAGAGGCAUUCCCACCCAGCCUUGGUUUGAUUACUCGCAGCAACCGACCCUCGUUACAACGAGGAAGGCAGGUAGAGGCCGUGGACAUUUUCAUAAGUUGAACCCAGCACAAAAAAGAUGGCUGUAGACAAGGCGGCUUUCUGUGCACCAACCGCGUGCCAUCAAGGCGACGUUUUCGUGUCACAUGACUCCACAUGGCUCCGUUCGCCCUCCCCGUUUUAAUUGUCUGUUUCGCACGUGCGGUUUGAGCCGAGCUCUCGGGAAGGGAGGACUGUGCAAGGACAAAGAAAAGCAGGAGCGGGAAGGUCGCAAAACUUCCGGUUGUCGCUGGAAUUAUCUGUGCUAGAUUAUAAUCCUAGAGGAACAGCCAAACAUGAUCAAACAUCAUGAUGACACCAGAGGUCAGGUAGACGCUACAGAAAUAACUAAACAUCUGCUAUCAGAAUGAAUAUAGUUUUCCCAGCCCUUUAGAAGUUCAGCCAUUCAGAUGACAAGCUGCAUUCUUAUCCUGAAACACAAAUUUCACAAAAAGCCUUCAUAGUAACUGGUGCUAAAUUUCCUCAAAACAGAAACAGUAUUUUCCACUUCAGCUGUAAGCACAAAUAUGGCAUUUUUGCUUUGUUUUUGCUGCCGGUGGGGACAGCAAACGCAUGAAGGCAUCUGUGGACAUGAGCAUGUGAUAAUUAUAGGCCUGUAUGUAGUACAAGCUCAUCACAUCGAAGGUCCUCCUGUCUAAUCACAUUUUCGCUCCCUGAUUUUCAUUCUCCAGUCACUGCUAUACCAGGCUGAGGUAUCAAAUCUUUAACAGCAUGCUAAUUAGUGAAUUUCUUCUAAGCGUAAUCAGUCAGUAGGUGCUCUUUGCCAGCUGUGGACGGCGCUUCGCUUUCCUAGACCUUUCAUGUUAAAAGGACACGCGCCUCUACUUCCGCAGGAGAUGCUGUAGGCAUCACUGCGAACAUCUUCAUCCUUUGAAGUCUGCAUCAGCUUGCUGGUCACCUCGAGUUUUUUUUUUUUUACUUCAUCUAUGUGGAGGGACAGAAAAAUGAUUUUAAAAAUGACCAAAAAUUUGAUAGAUCUGCUUGUUUAUGACAAAACGAUGCACAUUCCACUGGAUCUGAAUCAGAGGAGCCAAAAACACAGCAUGUACAUGAAACUUGUAGCUAUCACAUGUAAACAAAAACAGUGUUUCCGCAGUGGACAGCAGUCUGCAGAGGGGGCUCUCUAUCCAUUCUGAACAUCUUUCUUGGCUUUUUCUGGCUGCUUUUUAAAUAUGUGAAGGGUAGUCAUGAUUUUUACAUACACACCGAGAUCAUGGGCCAGUGGCUCUGUUUGAAAUCACUGCACAGUCACACUGGAUGGUACUUGUUUCCAGGGUUCUCAUGCCAACAGGGGGCACUGGUGCUGUGCCUUUAAGCCUCAAGCCGUCUUAGAUCUGGGGUAGCAGUUCACCGUCAGCGAGAGAGAAUGGGCACCAUAAAUGUGUUAAGAUAGGUGUGUUCACAAUGAAACAGCCUCGUACAAGCUGAGACUGCAGCGGGCUGUUACUGAUUAAUGCGAGGAAUCUUAUUAUUACCGUUGCUCAACUGUGUAGUGUGGCUGCUUCUCAAGGCAUGAUGCCUUCGUUCAGGACCAGGUGCAUACGAUGAGUGAGGUUCAAAAUGUUGGCCGCUUCGUACGCAGUCCUUCAAAACAGCUGACGAGUGCAGUUCCCAAGUUAUCAGAAGUACAUCAGUGCAUUGAAGCUCGAAACAGAAAGGAAAAUAAACAGGAAAGAGAGAGAGUUUGACAGGAAACUGAGAGUCACCACCGUGCGUGGUGAGCAGGCUGUUUAAACAUUCCAGCUGGGCCUGAAACCACACCCACCAGUCCAGCACACCCUGACCUGCGUUAGGAUACCCAGAAUUCCCACUCUUCUCAACCAGCCAAAACAUGUCGAGUGAAGCACAGUAGUCUCCAUGCUGUGUCGAGCACAGCCAGUGGCAGAUCAGCUCAGGGCCGCCACCCUGGGGGUUCAAGGGCGACAAGGCCGGGGCAGCUUGACUAUUAGCCAUGACCUUUAACGGUCAUCCUUCACCAGAUGCUCGACAGCUGAGAGACCCCCCACCCCCCCCCCAAAAAAAAAAAGCUGAGGCAGCCUGGUCAGCAGGCACUGACCUACAGGCUUCUCCACGGUGCAUUUUUGGGCAACGGUUUGACAGAACCCGGGUGCCGGCCCACCCCCCAUGGUACUGUUCGGCUCUGGCAGGCCAGGCCCAGCGGGGGCUAACCCCACUCCCUGGCACUGUGCCGCAGCAUCUCGGAACCCACUGACAGUGAGUAUGCCCUUUCCUCCUGAUUAUAGUUUACAAGAAAAACAGCGAACAUCACCUCAUUCAGGUGGAGAGGGCAAGGGAGCGGUGGCCAUAGAGCUGCUUAAUUUGCAUGCCGUUAAAAAGGUGGCGAUCUGCCUGGGGGGGGGGCGUGGCAUCUCGCUAUCAGGGUCAGAUCCCCGGGGCUGCGUGACACAGAAGGCUCUGCUGCACCGGCCAGCGGGCGGACCUGAUAGCUGUCCGACACUUAUUUUCCCAGGUUUUCCUACCCCCUGGAGGGGAAGGGGGGUGGAUGGGUUCUUGUUCUUUAGAGACAAUGCCAAUGAUGGAUCAUUUUAAGAUGUUGGUAGGGUCCUGGUGGGGCCUGUUACGGCAGUACUAACAGGGCAGCAUGCUAACAGCGGCUACAGGGCCAGGCAGACCGCGGGUACACUGACACACAGAUCCGCAUGGCUCAUCAAGCCAGGACCCAGCAGAAGCCGUGAGGUCCACACAGUUCACCCCUGCCCCCGCCCCCCCCACCCGGCUCGCUGAUGAUGACCUCCUCCGUCAUCUGCAACAUUCACAACCUCUGCGUGAUCUUUUUCAAAUUAGCGUUUUGAUCAAGGUACAUCUAGCCUACUGAUUGUUAAAUACUGUAAGCUUUAUAAAGAUUUUUUCCUAUCUAUUUUUGUAUUAAUAGUAAGGAGACUCUAGACUGCGUGUUUGGGUUUGAAGCUCUGUGAGCAGUAUGAGUUUGGACAUGGUGUGUUCACUCUUUUUUAAAUUUAUCGAUUAAUGAUUGUGUCAUUUUUACUGUAAGUGUCUCACAAAAUGUUUGCUCCCCUUCAUGCUCUGCUUUUUCCCAACUAAAAAGUGAAAAAUCAUAAAUAUAUGGGGGAUGUUUUUGCUCGUGGCGAUGUCGUUUCUUGGCUCUGCAGAUGUCAGUGCUGUAAUCCUGGUACUCAGCCGCCUCCGGUCACACAGUCACCCAGCAGAAAACCAACCACGAGUCGACUUGCAAAACUGGUCGGCUUUGUGAUGGCAAAACGCACAGACUAACAUACCUUGUGAAAGCCGAGUCGGAUACUUGGGGGUCUGAGGCCCGUCAACCUGCCAUUCCUACCUAACAAAACAGGGCUGUUUCUAGAGAAACUACAUUUCCCAUCAUGCAUAUCAAAAUAGACCCCAUCCCUGAUGGGUCAACUACUUAUUUCUCUGUAAAUUCAUAGAAACGUAAGAGUGACGGUUUUCUGCCCAGGCCUGGGUAUCAGAGCAUAGCAGGGCAAAGUGAAAUAUACCAAGAACUCAAGAUUGCACAGUCAAUAAAGCUAGGAACUCAUUAAAUCGACCUGCAAUUAAGGUAUUCAUUUUUUACAUUUUUUUUUUUAAAACCUAGCUAGUUUCUUACAGUUUCUCCCAUGCAUGAAUGCUCAAAAAAUGCACAUUAAAUAUUAAUUUUGCAAGGCAUAAAGAUACGAGGUUGACAAAGCUCUUGGGGAUUUCGCUCUCUGCCAUGACACGCUACGUUACGGAUUUUUAUCGCCCUGUCCUCUCCCGCCUGAAUGUUUAUGACAGAGCAGCAGGCCCAGAGUCUGUCUGCCUGGAUCGAACCCAGGGCUCCAAAAACACUGAAUGAAAAGUUUCAGGCACUAAAUGAGAAGGACGCCUUUGACUGAAGGCUCACUGUGUGGCAGCUCCCUCGCUCUCUACCUUCCCAUGGCGCUGUUCCCAAUUUAGUCCACGGAAAGCAUAAUUAUCCGGAAAGUCUGUCAGCUGUGAGAUGUAAGACGGCGAAGUUUGGGAGACAGAUCCGAAAAAGGGCAUGAAAUCAGACCGAGCUGCUGCAUUAAUGCAAAAUUCGACCAAAGAGGCGUUACGAUGUCGAAAGCAGCCAGUCUAUCAAAAGGUCAAAGGUCAAGCAUGUCACAUGACACGAGCAUCACAUGAGAAACAUCUGGUAGGAGCCCUCAUUGUGAGCACACGAGAUAAGGCCUUUGUGCUGUGUGCAUAUUGUCAUUCAGCACUAGAACCCUCACAGACUUUUAAUAAGACUUUCACAAGGUAUGUUUAUUCCCAUGGUUUAGAGUCAGUAACAUUCUGUAUACUUGUUAUACACUCUACUGAUUUAUUUUACCUCUUUAUUCACUGAUUGUUAAAAUCAAUACUCUUUUUGUCUACCACGACCACCGAUUCUGUCAGUGACUUACUGAAAUCUUCUUGUUUUUUUUAGCUGAGAGCUUUACUCUCCAGACAAUGUUAUGGCACUCUGUGUAAACAUACUUCUUUGGAUGUGAAUUAAUUUGUAACAAAUCAUCUUUCACGAUGGUUUCUGGAAAAAAAAAAAAAGAAAAGAAAAAAAGAAGAUUUGUAUGUGACGUUGUUGUUUUAAAAAACGCUUCUGCUCUGGG